AUGACGUAUACGGAAUUGUUACCGCAUCUUCUUCAAAAGCGCUUGGUUGCAAUUUGUCCGAUGAAGCCUAUGCAACCCCCGUUCCCAAAGAAUUAUGAUCCAAAUGCUAAAUGUGACUAUCACGGAGGGGGGGUUGGACACUCUACUGAGAAGUGUGUAGCCCUCAAACACAAAGUUGAAGCUUUAAUCAACUCAGGGUGGGUAAAGUUUCACGAAGACAAACCUAGUGUUGAAACGAAUCCUCUUUCAGGACAUGGGAAUCCUUCGACGAAUGCCGUCGAGGAUAGGGAACACAAGCUAGUAAGGAAUGUGAAUGAAAUCCGGAGCUCCAAGCGAUUUAUUUUUGAGACAUUGCUGAAAUUGGGUCUGUUAAAAGGGGGAUAUAACUUGAGUGAAAAAUGCAGAUUCCAUCCGGGUGCUAAGCAUUCUAUCGACAAGUGCACCAAGUUCGAGGAUGUUUUACAAAAUCUGCUCGACAGAAAUUUUGUGCAAGUAUGUCGCGAGGGUAUAGAGGAGGAAGUAUUUGCACAAGAUGGCGGGAAACCCGAUGUGACCUUGCCAGAGCCAUUGAGUGAGAAAGCUGUUCCGUGGAAAUAUGAUGUAUGUGUGUCGGGUGGGGAACAACAAAUAGAAGGCCAGCCUACCAGUGGUGAGCCAGUGGUUGAAAACAUUUCGGGCAUCGGUGGAAUGACUAGGAGUGGUCGAAUAUUUACGCCUCCGAUCUUGAUGAAAGAUGGAACAAGUAGUAGUGAACCGAUGAUGAACAAAAAUGCUAAUGAAUUCUUGAAGGGGAAGAUGAUACAAACCGAUGAAGAACUGAGAAAAGACGACAAGAAAGAAAUAUCUAAUGAAGAGGCUAGUGAGUUUUUGAAGUUCAUACAACAGAGUGAGUAUAAAGUGGUCGAGCAGCUGAAUCGCAUGCCUGCUCGGAUCUCUCUCUUGGAUUUACUCAUGCAUUCAACCUCACAUAGAAAGCUACUAAUGAAGAUACUCAAUGAAGCGCAUGUGGAGAAGAAUAUCUCUCUGGACAGUUUUGAGGGAAUUGUUAGCAACAUCACUGCUAACAAUUACCUCACUUUCACUAACGAGGAGAUACCUACUGAAGGGAGAGGACACAACAAGGCCCUCCAUAUCUCUGUAAAAUGCUUGGAUCAUGUCAUAGCACGAGUAUUAAUCGACAAUGGUUCUUCCCUGAAUGUAAUGCCAAAAGCAACAUUGGGAAAGCUUCCGUGUGAGGGUAUCCACAUGAAACCAAGUGCAAUGAUCGUGAGGGCUUUUGAUGGGAGCAAAAGAGAGGUGAUGGGAGAGGUAGAACUGCCGAUCCAAAUUGGGCCGUGUGUUUUUCAAGUAACGUUUCAAGUAAUGGAUAUCCUCCCAGCAUACAGUUGCUUGUUGGGUCGCCCUUGGAUUCACUCGGCGGGUGUGGUGCCUUCAACCUUGCACCAAAAGUUGAAAUAUGUCAUGGGCGAUAAACUAGUGAUAGUUUCAGGAGAGGAAGAUAUUUUGGUAAGCGGACCGUCGUCCUCUCGCUAUAUUGAAGCAGCAGAAGAAGCCCUCGAGACAGCUUUCCAGUCUUUGGAAAUUGUGGGCAAUACCUAUGUGGAGCCAUACCCGAUGAACCCACAAUUGUCUCGUGCCUCCCUUAUGACCGCUAGGAUCAUGCUAAAAGAGGGAUACGAAUACGGAAAAGGGCUAGGCAAGGACAAGCAAGGAAUGAUAUUUCCCUUGGAAGUCACUGAGAAAAGGAAUAGAUACAACGAUUGGGAAGAAGCUCAUGAAGCUGUGAAGGCCGACAUCAACCAGUUGAAGGAUCAAGUGAGCCAGAUCCUAGAGGCCUUAAAAUCGCUGAAAACUUCGGGAGAAGCCUCCUCUGCAAGGAUCGAGGAAAACAUUCACCCUCAAGUUCCUCGAUAUGAAGUCCAGAACACUCAGGGCAUGUCAAUCUCGUUCCCAAUGUACGGUCUGCCUCCGGGAUACACCCCACCUGUUGGGGAAUAUUCGGAGGCAGAGCAGACUUCCUUUUCUUUUCCUACAAUCACAUUUGCAGAACCAAGGGUGACUGUGGCACAAAAUACUCCAAACAUAACUGUUGACGAAGAUGCUUUGGCUAAGGUCAUGCCGCACGCCACAACCCAAGUAGUGUCCGCCGGUAUUGAUAGGGCUAAAAGUAAGCUUGAGAUACUUGAAGAGAGGGUUCGAGCCAUUGAAGGUGGUGGAAGCUAUGGGUUCGGUGAUGUUGCAAGGUUAAGCUUGGUUCCUGGUGUGAUGAUACCACAUAAGUUCAAGGUCCCAGAAUUUGAAAAGUAUUAG